AUGCGUAGGCAAGCUGACAAUAAAAAGAGGAUUGGGGACAAAGCAGAUGCCCAACGCACCCGGAGACAAUACGAUGGGCUUGAGCAGCUGGCUUUUGUUGUGCCUAUGGUUGGUUCCGUCUGUCGAGAUACAAUUACCACCACCAGUAACGUCGCGUUCGAAAAGCCAGUCACACUAAAACAGCGUCCCACUGACUGCUCUUUGAUCGAGCAACUUGGUUGUGUGGUCUUGGUGUGGGCUCAAGACUCAUGGAUUUGCGAAGGAAGGAUUCGUCGCAAGGAUUCGGACACCAGAAACAAAAUGUGCGAGCGAGGUCGUCAACCAUCUCCAUCAAAUCUCAGAAUGAACGAUAGAGGCUUUGAGCCCUGGCAGAGCCAGAGCCAGGACUUCGUUGCGAACAUUACUUAUAACAAUGAGGACUGGGACAUGGAAGCUCUUCGACCAGCAAGAUGUCUAUUUGCAGCUAUGAACCUGACCUGGCUUGGACCUCAGAUGGUCCCUGUUCAGCGAAAGAUUCUUCGAAGGCUUAGCAGGCGUCUUGAGUGUCCAAUCCCGAUAAUGCAUUCGACAUCUCCUGCUUGGCUAUCUAGUCAACUGUGA